AUGCCGAAUCGUAAGGAGAGUCUAUUUUACCAGAAGAUCAAGCCCUGCAUUGAAAAGUACCUACCACGUUAUUCCUUCUCAGAAGAGGGUCACAUACAAUUCGAGUCCAACUGCGAAUUUUCCUACGGAAAUAGCGGUUUCCGCGAUAAAUACCAAUCUGCCAGUUGUGACUUGUUGAACGCUUUAAAUAAAAGCGGCAUUCUUGUGGGACUGCUAUUCGUUAAGUAUAACUAUGAAACGGCCAGGAGGCAUAACCUGCUUGGGGUCAAAUUGGAAGGAAGAGAAAAGGACUUGUACCAUAUGUGCGGUGUGAACGAAGUUAGGUGGAAAAAUGUAGGCAUAAUAAUCACAGCUUCGCAUAACCCCCAUGAUGAAAAUGGAGUAAAAAUAAUUGACCAAAAUGGGAGACAAAUAAAUGAAGUUUACGAAAGUUAUUUAACCGAUCUGGUAAAUAGACAUUUGAGAUUUCUUCGGAAAAAUGAAAAAUGCUCCAUCAAUGAUAUCGUCGAUGAUAUAAUCGACUGCAUUGUUCGUCUCUUCAAGGAAGAAGCACUCAUCGACAUGUAUGAUGAUUUCGCUUUUGAAAGUUUACGAAAGUUGGACAAUAUAGUGCACUGUUUUAAUAGGUAUAAUGUGCUGAAGGCGAAUGUGUGCAUCGGGUUUGACACGAGGAGCAGCUCCAUACACCUCAACCAGAUCCUUGUUGAAACGUUGAGUCUGUUAAACAUUUUCAAGUGCGUAAAUAAUAUGUGUUAUGUUACCACGCCGUGCAUGCACUUUGUUGUGUAUUUUUUUAACGCAGUUAAUGUGGAUGAAACGUUGGACCCCGAGGUGAUCAAUUUGGGGAUGUGUGUUGUACAUAAGGAAGCGGGCGACUUGGAUUACCUCGGCGGUUUUUGCAUCCCGGGGGGAAAUCCUCCCCCCAUGGAACUGUACUACGGGGAGGGCGAGCAGUCAUAUGAUCAAAUUUCACAUGUUGGGGUGCAGGUAAGCACGCUGCAAAAAAGCAAUGUCACCCACCUGAUGACCCAUAACAGCGACAGGAUUUACUUCGCCUACUUUACACACGCCUUCAAAAAACUGUACAGAUGCCUAGACGAAACAUUUGAGGGAGCUUUAACAAAAAAUUGUGAAGAAGAAAUUAUCCAUGUGGACUGUUCCAACGGAAUAGCUAGUCUUAAGUUGGAUAAUUUUUGUGAUAUUUUUAAAAUGUUAAAAAAAAGAAUUAUUAAAAUAAAUUAUGCGGAAGAUGAAGGAAGUGUUUUGAACUUCCACUGCGGGGCAGACUAUGUGUACAGCAAGAGGAAGCUACCUCUUGGUGGAAAGAAUUGUCUUGGGGUUGGCCACACGAAGUCUUGUUCGUUUGACGGGGACGCUGAUCGGAUCAUCUACUUUUAUGUGGACAACAUAGGAAGGAAGUGUACCCCCGAACAGGUGGACACAACAUCGUCCCCUCCGAUGAGAGAUACAAAAUGGGACCACCAUCAGGACGUUAAAAUUUUCAGCUGUGCCAACUGUGUAUCCAUCUUAGACGGGCCGAAAAUCAUUUGUCUAUUUUUCAAGUGUAUCACCAAAAUUAUGAGUCCCAUUCAGGUGGGAAAAAGAAGCGAACAUUUGGAGGAAGAAGAAAAAAAAAAAAUUAACAUCACCAUUGUGCACACAGCUUAUGUCAACUCAGCCUUUACUCACCACAUGAAUGAAGAGAAACGACGCGCCAACGAAAAUAUUGACCUCUUCCAACACAUUAAUGUUAAUAUAGUUUGCACGAAAACAGGCAUUAAGUACCUGGACCAGGUUGCAAGAGAGUCCACCAUUGCCAUAUUGUUCGAGCCGAAUGGCCACGGAACGAUAUACACAAAUAUCUCCCAGUUAAACGAGUGGGCCACUUUGUUGGAAAUACAGAAUGAUAAAUAUUUUUUGGCGUUAAAAAAAUUUCUCCUUUUUUUCAAUCAAACGACAGGAGAUGCCAUGGUCGAUUUUGUUGCAAUCGAGUUGUGUCUGUCGUUUCUCCAUCUGAGUAUACACGACUGGGAUGGCUUCUACACCCCCCUCCCUUCCCUCUACAUCAAUUUGCCGUGUUCGAAAUAUAUGUUGAGGAAGAUAAUUGCGCACCCCGAGCAUGAGAAGUACCUAAUAUCGCCGCAGAGUCUGCAAAGUCAAAUAGACCAAAUUGUGCAGACAGUGGAUGCUGCACACGGGAGAUGCUUUAUAAGGCCCUCGGGGACGGAACCGCUGAUUCGCAUUUACGCGGAGGCGCGAACUGUUGCUCAGCGGGAUGAGAUUCUGCGUUUGGUGCGCCUCUCCGUCCUUCAGUAUGUGCAGGGCGGGGUGGACAAGUAG